AUGUUCAAGGUCUACGCGGAGCGGACGGAGCUGCUGCUGGAGGACUGCCGCGCGGGCGCCGGCCCGUGGCUGCGACUCACCGCGAACGCGACCUCGGGCGGCGUGGACAUCGAGCCGCUGGCGGCCGGCGGCGGCGCCGCGCAGCCCAGCGAGGACGCGGCCACGGUGCCCAUCCACGCGGUGUACGGCGUGUACACGCUGCUGAGCGGGCCGUACCUGGCGGUGGUCACGGACUCGCGCGUGGUGGGCUCGGGCCCGAACAGCGAGAAGAUCUACUGCAUCCUGGAGCUGACGCUGCUGCCCGUGAGCGCCGCGGCGCACCAGAGCUUCUUCAAGCACGCGAGCGCCAGGGAGAAGCAGGACGAGCGCGAGUACUGCCGCAUGCUCACGUCGGCGCUGGCCUCGCGCACCUUCUACUUCAGCUACGACCUGGACCUGACGCUCUCGGCCCAGAAGCGCGCGUCCGCGUCCUCGUCGGCGGCGGCGCAGCGCCAGUCGCCGCUGUACGCACGCGCGGAGGAGGACUUCUUCUGGAACAAGCCCGUGCUGGGGCGCUUCAUUGAGCUGGAGCUCAGCGACUGGAUCGUGCCCGUCAUCUCGGGCUUCGUCAAGGUCAUCAAGAAGUGCGACGUCAACGGCCAGCGCUGCGAUAUUUUAUUCUUCACGAGGCGCAGCUGGCGACGCGUGGGCACGCGCUUCAACGUGCGGGGUUACAUGCCACGCACGCGCUACGCCUUCUCGGGCCACGAGAGCGUCGUGGACUGGAACGAGUUGGCCUUCCGCGCACAUAUGGACAACCUCAUCCAGCGCUACGGACACAUCACGUGCGUGAACCUCAUCGACAAGGCCGGCAAGAGCGCGACGGUGCGCGACCAGGCGCAGCUCGGCUCGGCAUUCGGCAAGUAUGUCAAGAAGUACAACCAGCUGUCCAAGUCGGGCGACGGAACGAGCUCGGUCGGGUCCGCGGCGGCGCCGUCGAUGCCCGCCUCUCCUGCGCUCCACGCCUUGUCACCUCGCCAGCACAAGAGCUUGUCGAUCUCUCUGCCCUCCGCCCCCGCGUCCAACGGGAGUAACGGGUAUGGCCCCUCGAGUGGGAGUGGCUCAGGUGCAGGAUCACCCACUAGUGCGUCGGGAGUCAGCAGUGAAAAGGGAUCCGGGUCAUCAGGUACUCCGGUGCUGCAGUCGUCUGUUUCCAUGCCUGUACGAGAGCAGCCGCCGCUUCAAGUGGCGAUCCCGUCGGCGCCCACCUCAAUCUCGCAGCUCUUUGCGGAACCCGUGGCGUACGUAUGGUUCGACUUCCACCACGAGUGCCGCAAAAUGGCGUGGCAAAACCUGUCCAAGCUGAUGACGGAGAUGGAGGAGCAGUUUACGCAGUAUGGCUGGUUCGAGUGCGACGGCGAAGGACGACUGCUCUCUCGCCAGCGUGGCGUCUUCCGUGUAAAUUGCAUGGACAACUUGGACCGCACCAACGUCGUGAUGAGUCUCUUUGCGCGACGCACGGUACUUAUGGCGCUGCAGCUCUACCCCUUCAACACGGCUGGGAACGACAAGGGCAAUAGUGUCCUGGACUCGCCGUACGACAGCUUCGAGGUCGUGUUCAAGAACGCAUGGGCCGACAACGCCGACUACGUGAGCAGGAUGUAUGCUGGCACGGGCGCGUUGAAGACAGACUUCACGCGCACAGGACGACGGACAAUUGCAGGUGCUCUGCAGGACGGCGUGAACUCUGUCACUCGUUAUUACCUCAACAAUUUUUCGGACGGUAUUCGCCAGGACUCUUUCGAUCUGCUUGUUGGCAACUUCACACCGGACAAGCGGGACGAGUCGCCGUUUACUUUCCAGCAGCAGCACAGCCUUCUGAACAUGAUGCUGGAGGCCACACUUGCUACGCUUGCAGUCGUCAGCGUGUCCCUCAGUAUGCGUCCGGAUCUGCCUGUGGCCGCACGCGUGCGCGACGGGCUCAUUGCAACGUUCGUGCUCUUCGGAGUAACUGGCUACCUCAUCAUCAAAAAGGGGAAGUUCCGUUCCAUUGGGCGCCGAUACGUCUGCAAGCCGGCAUUCAGCUCCAGCGGCUACAUUCGCCGGAAAAUGGUGUAG